CCAGGUUUACUUCCGCAGAUCCCCGCAUCUCUUUCCGGGCUUAUUUGAAAGGGCGCGUCGGAUUGCCAGCAUUAGUAUUCUUCCCAGUAAUUCUGAUUGCGCGCAGGAGCACACCCAUCACAAUGUCUGGAGCGAAAAGCAGGUUGUCAGGCCUUCUAGGCCACCUAUCGCCGUUCCAAUCUGACGCCAAUUCGACUACAGGGCAGUUUAGCCACCGCUUUAACCACCAUACCCUCUCUCCUACCUUCUUCCUUCCACGAGCAGCUGCAAUUGAGCCCAACGCAGAAGCAAUUUACCAUGUGACUGCAAACAAGAAGGUGCUUCGGAGGUCGUAUAUCGAGACCGCAGACCGCGCAAGAGGUCUGGCAUAUUAUUUGAAGAAGCAUGGCUUCAAGAGAGUCGGUAUCUUGUGUCCUAAUACUCCCGCUUUCCUUGAAUCAAUAUUUGGAAUCGCAGCCGCUGGUGCGAUCAAUGUUGCUGUGAACUACCGUCUCAAGCCAGAAGAUCUUGCAUAUAUCUUUACACAUGCAGACGUAGAUGCUAUCAUAGUUGAUCAGGAGUUUGUGCAUCUUCUUGAUGCUUAUAGGAAGGAGCACCCAGAUGUGCCACUUAUUAUAGACACUGAUACGGAUGCCACGGAGGGUGAACUGAGCGGUCCGUUCGAUGAUGCGGUCCUCGAAGGAUUGAAGCAUGAUGCUUCAAUUGGAGCUCAUGGCUGGGAGGGUCUUCAAACCCAUGCCGACGACGAAGAAGAUAUCAUUGCCCUUGCUUACACCAGUGGAACGACAGCAAGACCGAAAGGCGUGGAGUAUAUCCAUCGCGGAUGCUACCUUGGAGCGUUGGCAAAUGUGAUUGAAGCAGGACUCAAUUACAAUACAGGUCGAUGUCGGUACCUGUGGACAUUGCCGAUGUUCCACGCAAUGGGCUGGACAUUCCCGUGGGCAGUGACAGCAGUCCGAGGCACUCAUUAUUGUCUACGAAAAAUCGACUAUCCGGAAAUCUGGAGACUACUCAAGGAAGAACGUGUCACGCAUUUUGCUGCUGCGCCAACAGUCAACACACUUCUAUGCGCCGCCCAGGAAGCUGAACGACUUCCAGAGCCUGUGCGGGUAACUGUUGCUGCCAGCCCGCCAACACCCCAUCUUUUCGAACAGAUGAUCAGUCGAAAUCUGUACCCAGUGCACGUAUACGGAAUGACGGAGACAUAUGGACCCAUUACAACAGGCUACUACUUGCCAGAAUGGGAUACGAUACCGCAGGCGGAGAAGUAUAAAAAGAUGGCCAGACAAGGCCACGGCUUUGUCACUAGUCUACCAGUUCGAGUGAUCAAGACGGAAGUGCCCGAGGGUACCGUUAUCGACGUUAAACCCGAUGGUCAGGAGAUCGGCGAAGUCGUAUUUGUUGGAAACAUCUGUGCAAAGGGCUACUACAAGGACCCAGAAGCAACCAGGAAACUCUUUGCGGGAGGUGUCCUCCAUUCCGGAGAUCUGGCAGUUUUGCAUCCCGACGGAGCAAUCCAGAUCUUGGAUCGAGCAAAAGAUAUUAUCAUUAGCGGAGGAGAAAAUAUCUCAUCAGUUGCUCUCGAGUCUAUGCUGGCUACUCACCCCGAUAUCCUCGAAGUCGGUGUUGUGGCAGUUGCUGAUGCGCACUGGGGCGAACGACCCAAAGCCUUCAUCACCGUCAUAGACGGCAAGGACUUGAAAGGUGAAGAUGUGAUUGAGUGGGCAAAGCAUGUCAGUGGAAUCAGCAAGUUCAUGGUCCCUAGGGAAGUUGAAGUUGUACCAGAGCUGCCGAAGACAAGCACAGGAAAGGUCAAGAAGAACGUCCUUAGAGAAUGGGCAAAGGGUGCCGAUCGAAAUCUUGUGAAAUGAGGCUUCCAGAAUUGAUCUGGUUCGGAUACUAGAUGGUUUAGAAUAUCUUGCACGAUAAACACAAGCAUAGACGGUAGUAUAGGGGGCAUUCAGAUGCUAGAUUGAUCCACUUUCGUUAUAUUUCGCAUCGUUAGUUGUUCUCUCGAUUGUUCAAGUUUCGAGUCAUAUCACAGACUCGUCUAUCCGAGAUCAAUACGAACAAAUUUGUGCGGUGCACCAGAGAAGCAUGGAAGU